GGGUUGGUCCUUGUCCCUCAGCACUGUUUCUGCCUCUCCUUACAGAAGAGAUGAGCAUCUGGCAGAGCUGGGGCAUCAGGGCAGGGCUGUGAGCACAACAGGCAGGCCGAAGGCAAGGAAGCUGCAGAGGCUGCCGGGGGACCAGGAACAGAGCAAGCUGGGCAGCCCACUUACCUUUCCCUAAGCCCUUGCUGUGCUGUGGAUGUGCCCCACCCUCAAGGGCCACAUGCCUCCUGAGCAGCAUCCAGACCCUUACCCCUUCAGCCCAGGAGCUUGCAACCCAGUGGUGUCUGCUAGUCACCGACUGGGUUACAUUUUGAGAGGAUGGAGGAUUUGUGUUUAUACAAGGUCGGGGGAGGGAGGGGAAGUGCCCCAGUAUUUUCUAACCUGGCCAUAAUAACAAUCCUCUGCCUUCUAUGCUGUGCUGAUGCUAUGCUUGAAAAUGGUCCAGUCCAGCUGAGGGACCUUCAUCACGAGAUGCAUAUUUUCCGCUGAACUUCCUGGGGAAAAGAUAAACAGAAAAGAAAUGCAAAAGGCAGCCCCAUUAGGAGCAGUGGAGUAUGAUGAAAUGUAUCCCACUGAACUUGUAUGCACAGCAGUCUCGUGCCAAUAACAGGAGGAAAAGAAAUGGAGCCAAAAAUGGAGCAUCCUGCUGCCUUUCCCUGGAGCCUGCUCUAGUGACUGCGAGCAAGAUAAUAGACAGCGAGAACGAAGCGCUGCUGGCAGCCCUCACCGAGACACUGGAUGAUAUACAGGGAGAUGACAUGGGCCUGGCUGCCUUCCGAACUAUGGAAGAGGGGGACACACUCAACCAUGCCUACACCUCGCCUGCCCCCUCCCCCAAACCCACCGUCCCGGUCACGGGCGGGCCACCCCCGGCCCCCGAGUUUGAUGAGCUGUCUCUACUGAAGAAGUUGCUCCUCUCUCCAUCACACGUGCCUCCGAGCUGUGAGGCUCAGCGGGACGGGAGCGCCCGGCGCCCGGGGACCCCUAAGUCCCGACCCGCACGGCCCUGCACAAAGGUGGAAGGUCCCCGGGAAAGAAGGGUGAGUGUCUCGCAGACGCAGAGCCGCAGCUGCACCGAGCUGCACCGGCACCUAACCUCCAUCACUCCUUGUCCCCAGACCAAAGGCCCUGGGGCGCCUGAGGAGUGCCCCAGCAGCCGCCACCACACAUCCCCAGGUGACUGCACCCAUCAUGAGGAUGACAGUGACUGCAGUGAGGACUCACUGAGCUCUGGUGACUCGGCAACCCCCUCCUCCUUGGCAGAUGAUGGCCCCAGAAGCCAGUUCUGUGAUGGGGAGAUGCACUCGGUGGUGGAACUCAUCCGCUACAUGCACACCUAUUGCCUGCCGGCGCGGAAGAUGCCCAUCCGCGACACCACCGAUGCCAAGACCCAGCCUUGCAUCAGCCCCUUCAAGAGAGCAAAACCAGACUGCCCUGCAAAGCCAGGAGCCCCUGCCAGCACCCAGAGCCGCCCGGGCUGCACUUGGCAAGUGGCUGGGGCCUGCAAGAAGCCUGGAGCAUCCUUUUCCAUCCUGAAGGAACUGCUGGCACGGGAUCUACUGUGUGAUGUGAGCAAGCCAUACCGCCUGGGCAAGCCCGUGUAUGCUGCCCUGGCCCGGCCACCUGGCUCCCUCUCCCCUGUGCCAGCACCCCAUGAUGGGGAGGAUGUCACUGGGACCUGCACAUCACGAGCCAAAACAGCACCAGAGAAGGGUGAGCCACAGCAGAGCCCCAGGCCUGAGGCAGAGGCAUUGCAGGAGACAAGUGGACUUGAGGAUGAUGCUGGGACGUGUGUGGGUGUAGCUGCAGGGAAGGUGGCCCACAAGCAGGAGAGCACCAUUUAUGCUGUCCGUCGAUCCAAGAGACUCAACCCCGAGCUUGGCCACUGGCUUUCCUUCCUUGAUAAGCCAUCUCCUGACCCCUCCAGCCCCAGGGAGGCAGGGGACAGUCGCAGCCCCCGGAACGCUCUGACUUACAGGCAACCCACACUGUGCCCAGUGUUGGAGGGCUUCUCUGCUGAAGAGCCUGCAGCUGAAGUGGAGGUGGGGGGCACGGCACCACCAGCAGAGCACCAGCCACUCUCCCUGGGCUCCCCAGGCCAUGGUGAGGUGGGCGAUGGGACUGAGAGCCAGCGCUGUGCCCUCCUGGAGCAAGCAGAAACACCUCGGUGUCUCACGCUGUCCUUGGCACAAACUGACCCAACCUUUGGGAAAAGAAACUUUGAGCCGAUGCUGACUGUGGAGCUGUGUGGGACAGCAGGUCUCACGCCGCCCACCACUCCACCAUAUAAGCCUGCCGAGGAGGACCUGUACAAGCCAGACAUCCCCCAGGAGCCAGGGAAGGAGGAUGGGACAGCCCCCAGCCCCAGGGGUGCAGGCGAUCCGGCAGCUUCCCGGAAAGCCCCCAGGAAGCACCCCGAGAGGACAGAGCUCUUCGCCCACCUGAGCCGAGCCGCCGGGCGCCCUGCACUCCCCGAGCAGCAAGGUGUGCUCAAGCGGCCCUUCUCCCGCUCCUUUGGGGACCACGACUACUGCCAGGUGCUGAAGACCGAGGCCACCAUGCAGAGGAAAGUGCUCAAAUCGUGGGAGCCCCUGGGCCAGGUGGAGUCGGACCACAAAAGGAGGAUCCCAGCUGCCCACUACCAGGGGCUGGACCUCAGCGGCAAGGAAGCAGGCAGCGAGAUGCUGUGGAAGAAUGGCAUCAAGCAGCUGAGAGACCAGGAGAUCAGAGCCAGCUUAACAAAGCACUUUGGCUUUCUGGACAGUGCUCUUGAUGAUGACAUGGCCUUCUGCAAGAUCCCCGAGUAUGACAACGUCUUUGAAGACAGCUGCAGUGAGAGUGGCUCCCCUGUGGAGGAGGAGGAAGAGGAAGAGGAGGAGCAUGGUGAUACCAAGCUGUGCCUGCGGAGAAAUCCCCAUUCCAGGACCAGUUCACUUUACUGUUCCCGGAGCAGGUCCAGCUCAGGGUCUUCGUGCUGCCGGUCCCGAUCGCCCACGAGCAGACGCACCUUCAGGUGUGAGAAUGGUGAGCAGUGUCAGAGCGGGAGCAGGCACCGGGGCCAGCUGGAGAAGAGACGAGAAAAGGCGAUCGGGGAAGGCCGGGUGGUGUAUAUCAGAAACCUCUCCAGCAGCAUGAGCUCCAGUGAGCUGAAGAAACGCUUUGAAGUCUUUGGUGAAAUCGUGGAGUGUCAGGUCCUGUCCAGGACUAACAGGGGAGAUAAAUAUGGCUUCAUCACCUACCGGUAUUCAGAGCAUGCCGCCUUAUCUCUGAAGAAUGGCACCUUGCUAAGGAAGAGGAACGAGCCUUCAUUCCAGCUCAGCUCUGGUGGCCUUGGGCACUUCUUCUGGACCAGAUAUGCUGACUUGGAUUGCAGCGCGGAGGAGUCCUCCUCAGCUCCAGUGAAAAGCAAGUACGAGACCAUGGAUUUCGACAGCUUGCUGCAGGAGGCCCAGCUAAGCCUGCAUCGGUAACAGCCUUAACCUUGGAGGAAUACCUCAAUACCUCAGUCAAGGCACUUCCAAUAUGUUUACGUUUUCAAAGAAAUUAUUCAGUCUGCGGGAGCGAGAGCGAGCGAGAGCACAGGCGCGAGAGCGAGAGCGAGCGAGAGACUGCUAUCCCUUCGAUCGAUGUUUACAUUGAACAAAGCUGCUUCUGUCUGUGAGUCCCCAUGGUGUUGAUGUCUCACUGCCACACGUUAGUGUCCCCCCACCCUGCUUCUGACUGGUUGUUUCAGGGUGAGCCUAGGAGCCACCCCUGGGCCCUGCCCCUCCAACACCACCCAGCCCUGCCCAUGCUCCUGCUGUGGAGUUGCAGCUGUGUUCACCAUAACAUUUUUUUUGUCUGUAGUGUGUGAUGAUGAAAUUGUUAAUUGUGAAUAGAAUCAGGAUUAUAAACUAAUUUUUAAUAGAAGAAGAGAAAAACAAAAAAAAAAGUAUAUACUUAAAAAAAACCAGAAGUAUUUAUGGCUCAGAUGUACUGUAAUUCAGAUUUAUUGUACCGCUUCCUUGAUUUUUAACUAUGCACUGUAAUGAGGCACUUGCCACUCAGCAAAUGGGGGGGUCAGAGCAGAGUCACGGAGCUGGCAUCCACCCCUCGGCCAUGGAGGCACCCCCUUUCCCACUGGCAACCCAGGGUGCUUGACAGUCUGUGUGGGUCGCCCACUUUGCUCUCAAAGCCAUUCGUCGUGCUCACAUGGCCCCAGCCCCUCCAGCCCACCUGGGUCAUGGCUCUCAAAUGUUAAGCUCAGUCCUGGUGCACAGUGGAGCCAAUGGGCAGUGGGGAACACCAGUGCUGUGCCAUUCGUGCCGUGGGGCUCUGCAGGAUUAAAUGAUAGGGGCCACCGAAGGAUACACCACCCAGGGGUCAGCCAGGCAGCGCUGUUCCAGCCUUUGAAGACAGGAGAGAAGGGCCAGGGGGCUGGAGCCUGUCAGACUUGAUCCAGUGAGUCUUAGUGGCAUAGUCUGGGGGACUGGCACCUCCAGGUCCUAGAAAGGGAGUUGGCUUUUCUCUGGCUCCCUGGGUGGCUGGGAGACCAGACGGGUGGAGUGUAUUGCUUCUUGUUUGCUUCUGCUCCCUGCAAAGCAAGCAGCACAAGAAGACCCAUCCGUGAUCCCCCCCUGGCAGCCAGCCCAAAGUCCAGAGUGGCAGAGCCACACCAAACACCCACCCUACUGACACCCUGCCCAUGCCCUGUCCGGUACCUGAUAAGCCAUACAAUUCCCCAGCACCCAGCUGGCACCUGAGAUCCAUCCCUCAUGCCCGUCAGUGCCCUAUGGCAUGCUUACCCACUCUGCCUCUGGAUGGAAGCCCUCAGGGCUGCCAAGCAGUGCUGGAUUUAAGGCACGCUCAAGCAGCACCACCACCACAAAAGUUGCUUGCAAACUUGCCCUCCAUCUCCAGGUGAGAUGAGAGUAGGGGAGAGCCCAGCACCAGCUGGAGGAAAUCCCACCAUGAGCUGGCCAGAGGCUCCAUCCUCCUGAAGGAACAGGAAUCUCACUGCUUCUCAAGCCAUUGCCAUCAUCUCCUUUUGUUUUUCUGACUCAGAGACCACUAGGGAUUCAGCCAUCCUCUGUAGAUAGAAUAUUAUAGCCUUAACUCUGCCAAUAGCUAGAUUAGAGUCUCGUGGGGUCUCCCCUUGACAUGACGUAGAGGUUUUAUUCUCAUUUUCCUGGUGUGGGUACUAUUUCGUCUCGCAGGGAGUAUGACCAAAGCCUCCAAAGUUGCAUGAGAUGUGGUGCCAAGAGCCUGUGCCCUGCCGAGGCGGCCCUGGCUGUGGGGCCAUGCAUGCAGCUGGUCUCUGGUGGGAGCAGGAGUGCCAGCAGCGCCGAUACCAGCACAGCUCCGUGGCUGUUUCUCCCUGCUGUCGGGGAAACUGAGGCUCUGACACCCAGCUUGGCAGCGUGAGGUCCGCAGACCACUGCAGUGACAGUUACUGUCAGGGAACAGUCCUUGUGCCAUUUCUGUCUCAGCAGCGAGUUUGGGCAUAACUCCUGCCACAACCUCCCCCCACUUCCCAUCCCACCUUCACACACACGAGCAGCUCUGGCUGAGACGGAGCAUCUGCUAUUGGCAAUUGCCUCAUUGUAGCUUUGCCUUUUUCUGUCCUAGUAUUUCCUCACAACGAUGAUGUUUACAUGUGAUUGCUAUAGAGCUUAUGUAGAAUGUAUAUAGCGACACAUUUAGGGUGGGUAGUACUGUCCUGUGCUGUGCUGAUGUUUUUCAGAAAACGAUCAAUCCAAAAAAAAACAACCAAACAAAAAGCUAAGUCAGUGGAAUUCUUCCAUCUCCUGCUCAGCCAGGGGCACCAAGCCCCUGCAGCCGGGUCCUGCUGGGGAUGCAUCAAGUGUGCCAGAGCGGAAGGGUUUGUACAGAGCUGGGGGAGCCCUCUCCGGGGGGCAUCACUCAGUCACUUCCCAAGCAUUGCUUAUGGUGUACCCAGAUACAAAAUUUCACAUUAUUUUCUUGCAGCUGGGUGUCCUGGGUCAGCCCACAGCCCCUGCCCAUGCCCAGCUUCUGGAUAUGGAGAUCAGUGCUCAGGAAAGGGAGGGCUCACCCUGCACAGAGCCCAUCAGUACUGCACCUGUAGGGUAGGAAGAGAUGCAAUAAGUGGUCUUCGUGGUGCCUGAAGCCCCUAAGUGAGAUUGGGUUGGGUUUUUUGGCUUUGGGGAUUUUCCCCUUUCUUUUUUUUUUCAGUUAGGUUGGGAUGAUUUGUUUUCCUCCCUUCCCUCCAAAAAAUUCUGCAGGAUUUAUGCACUAUGAACAGAUGUGUGCAAGGAGCAGCAGUAGCCUGCCAGCCCAUCACUGCAGCCUGGAAGGCAGAGGGCACAUGUUGUCAGCCCCAGGGGCUGUGUGCUGCCAGCCCCGAGGGCUUCCGCUCGCUUUUAGAAGUGGGUGAGAGAGAAGUGUGUUCAGCUCAAGAAGUGCAAUUCUGUGGGGUUUAGAAUCCCUCACACAGGCUUUGUGAUGCAAAGUAAGUUUCCACUUCAUUUUCUUUUUGGUUAAUGUAACUGUGUCUUGAGCUCACCAUGCUCAAGUCGGCAAAGAGGCAGGAAGGGAGGCUCGGGCACAAGAGGCAGGUGAAAGCUCUCUCCCUAAGCAGCCUGGGACUGGCUUUGAUGCUAAGUGGGAAACAGGGCAGGAGGAGCAAAACAAUGCCCAAGAGCUGAGCAGAGAAGCCAGAGGCACCAGCACUUUGCAGGACUGGCUGGGGAGCAUCCCCCUCAAGGAUUAGCUUUACAUCCCACUCAGCUUGGGGUAUCAUGGCAGGUGCUCUGGUGUGGAUGCAGCUCAGAGCUGAGCACCCCAAAAAGGGAACCCUUGCACCCCAGCACCACGAGAGCCCCAGGAAGCUGCACCCCGUAAGAGCACUACUUCCAAGGAGAAGCUGGGAGCAAAAGGGUAGAUUACAGUAGGCAUUUAAGUAAAUAAGGAGGAGAUUUAUUUUUUUAAAGCUAUAUAACCAUAGAAUGUCUCCCAGUAUUUUCCUGUGGGUACUGUGGGGAACUGCUGAAUGUGAAGAGUUUCUUGAUAAAAUGCCCUUUGGCUUUUUUUGCACAGAUUCGCCCCAGAAAAGCUCAUUGUUCAGGGUGGGGUAUUGAGUUUGUGGCUGGAGUCCAGCAGGUCGCUGGGGCUCUCUGGGAAGGAGUAAAUGUUUCUGAGUGUCUGGGCUGAAUGCAGAGGACAAUCCCGGGAUUUAUGUUCAAAGCUGCCCCAAAGAAAAAGUUUAUCCCAACUCCUACUCAGCGCAGCUGGUUGGACUGCUCAUCUUCGGCAAAGCGGCAGCUUAGUCACCACGUUAGUCUUGAGUGUCUGAGUUUAGCACUGGUCCAUACAAAGGAGUGGUGCAAUUGCAGACCAGCACUUUUCCCUCCCUUUCCCCCCCUUUUUUCUUUUUCUUUCCUUUCUUUUUCUGUUGCCUUUUUUUUUUCCUUUCCUUUUUGGAGGUAUGUUAAAUACUGAGAUAAAUCAUUUGUAGCUGAGCCCUGUCUCCCUUUCCAUUCUAAGCAUCGUAGUCCCAUCCCCAACAACCUCAAGCAAUAGAGCCAAAUGCAGCCUUUGGGUUUCAUUCCUCUUCCCUUGCCCACCCUGAGGUCGGGGGCAGUGGGGGCAGCAGUGCCCACAGCCACAGCUGUGGUACAGCACCAAGCCAAGAGCCACGCUGCGGUAAAUACUGAGUUGGGGAGGGAAUGUGUUUUUGCAUGUAAGAAAGAGAAAGACUAAAUUGAUGCAUUUCUUGAGAAAGGUGUAAGAAUUUCACCUAAAAAGGGGCACAUCUGCUUUGAUAUUUAUAUUAAAAAAAAAAAGCUAAAUUCUGUCUUUUUCUUCUGUUUUUUUAAGUAAAAGGACACUGCUAAUAAUUAUUAGGGGCCAAUUCUGCCUCGCAGCUUCAAGCCGAAUGAGUUCUACUUAACUCUGCAAAUUUUCUACCUGCAGAGUAAGUAGAAGUAGCAGAAUUGACCUCUCUGUGAUUAAGAAUCAAGUUUUUAAUCUGUUGGUUUGGUUUGGGUUUGGUUUAUUUUUUUAAUUGGUAGUGGUUUUUUAUAUUUGACUUAAUUUCCCUGCCCCCCCCCCCCCGCCCAGUUCCGUUCCGUUGUGUCCUUAUUUAUGUAAUAUACUUUAACCUUAAAAGACAGGCAUGGAUUCUUAUGCCUUUCCUUUAUUAUCAUUAUUAUUAUGGUUGUUAUUAUUUUUAAAAGAGAGAUUUAUUUCUAGUGUGAUUUAACUGUCUACCUUCUAAAACCAGAGAACGUUUUCUUGUAUUUUUACAUUGUCAGAUUCUAUAGUUUCAUAGAUAAUUUAACCAAAUCGCUCAAUGUAUGACCUGUAUCUAUCCCGUGGGUAUAAAAGUUCUAUUUUAAAUUGUGUAAAUACUUCAGAACUGGCUUCUUUUUCCAGACUCCCCUGCCGUGGAGUUACUUGUUUACAUCAAAAAGACUGUAGAAUCUCUACGCUCAUGUACUGUAAAUAGUGAUCUGCCUAUAACUAAACGACAACAUAUAUACUAUAAAGUGGAAAGAGAAAAAGGAACAA